CUCAAUUCCCAAGGAAAUCUUAAGAUUGUGCAAUCUCUCCUCCCUUCCAAAAUCAGAGAAUGAAACAACCGUUCAAAGCGCGUCGCGUCGCGUCAUUUACAUUCACCGGCGCUUCAGUUCCCGGCGAAAGGCAUCUCCGCCACCCAAACCCACCUCUCCCUUCAUAGAAACCAAUUCCUUAUUAAGAUUUCUUGUUUAUAUAUACAUAUAUGAUAUAUAUGCACACAUAUAGGGACUUGCUUCAUUCUCUUUCUCUAACUGGCGAAAAGGAAACUGUAAAAUGAGCUACCAAAGCAACCUCCGCGCCUCCUUCAAGCGCGGAGGAGAUCCGCCGGUGGCGCCGCAGGCGGGGCCGGGGCAGGUGAACUUCCGCCUGCUCUGCCACAUCAGCACGGCCGGCGGCGUCAUCGGCAACAAUGGAAGCAUCGUCAAGAGCCUGGAGAAUCAAACCGGCUGCAAAAUCCGGUUCGAGGAGCCCCUCCCCAACUGCCACGAGCGAGUCAUCAAUAUAACGGGAGAUGCCGUUGUGGACAACACGAUCUCGAUAGACCACGAUGCAGAGGAGGUGGAGGUGCAGGUUUCGAAAGCUCAGGAGGGUUUGGUUAGGGUUUAUGAGAAGAUUUUGCAGGUGGAAGGGAAUGGAGGCGAAGGUGUCGGGGCAAUCAGUUGUAGGUUGCUUGCAUGUUCCAAUCAAAUAGGGGCGCUUAUGGGUAAAGGGGGAAAAAUUGUUGAUGCUAUCAGGAAGAGUUCUGGGGCAAAAAUAAAGGUUUCGAAUAAGGAGCAGAAUCCAGCUUGUGCUGGCUCGGAAGAGGAGUUAAUUCAGAUAAUGGGCGGAAUUUUAGCUGUAAAGAAAGCACUAGUUCCUGUUUCUCGACGACUUCAAGAUUGCACUACUGAAAGAACACCACAAUGCUUGCAUUCGAGAGUGGGAUUCCAUGAAAAUUUUGCAGAUUUCUCUUCUCAUCCUUCACCCGUAGUUCCACCUUUCCAGGGAAAUGCUAUUGAUCAUUCUUACAAUGACCAUCCAUUGUCUGCAGAGGCUGACAGAGUCCUUAGCCUGGAUGAAGAUAAUGCUCGACAAAAAGUAGUGUUUAGGUUACUUUGUUCUAAUGGCUCAGCUGGGGGUGUAAUUGGACGUGGUGCUAUUAUUGUCAAAGCUUUGGAGAAGGAAACAGGGGCCUCUAUAAAGUUUUCAUCUCCAGUACCUGGGUCAAAAGAUCGAGUUGCCACCAUAUCUUCAUUGGAGAACAAGGACCCAUUGUACUCAUCUGCACAAAUUGCCAUUGUCCGAGUUUUUGAGAGAUGCAUGGAGGUUGGUGUUGACCAAGGGUUAAUACCAGGUCUAGGCAUGGGAGAAAUUGUAACUGCCAAGAUUCUAGUUGCGUCAGAUGAACUCAAUUACCUUGUUGAUGAAGAAGGAAAUGCUGGUUCUGGUAUUUUAGUUUCAACCUCUGGUGUUGAAAUACAGCUAUUGCAAAUGGACCUCCAUCCCAGUUGUGCUACAGAGAAUGAUAGGGUAGUUCAGAUUGUUGGAGAGUAUCUAAAUGUAAAAACCGCUCUUUAUCAAGUUACUGGUAAGCUGAGGGAGAAUUUCUUCUUCAGUUUGGCCUCUAAGGGUGUAGCACAUAGGCAUUAUCCUUUCUCUUCAAUGCCUGAAAACAGCCUCGGUGAAAUAUGGAGAAAUUCAUCUGCUGUCCAAACAGAUCUUGUGCCCAAGCCAGGUGGUCCUCAUAUAUGGCUGCAUAAAAAACAGGUUAAGGACAGAGUGAAUGACACGACAAGUAAAGAUGGUUCAGGAGGCUGGAAUAAUUCUUGUGGUGCACUUGAACAUGGAAGGUUAGAUGCAAAUGGAGUAGCUGACACAACUGUGGAGAUCAUGGUUCCAGGACAAAAAUUUGGUAGCAUCUACGGUGAAGACGGUACUAAUCUCAAUCGAUUGAAAGAGAUCUCGGGUACAAAGGUGACACUUGAAGAUCCACAUCCUGGUGAGAACAAUGGAAAGGUGAUCAUAACGGGGACACCUGAACGAAUACAAAUUGCACGGAGUCUUCUUCAAGCCUUCAUACGUGUUUAACCAUCACCAAUAAAUUGAACCAUUAUAAUGCAUUCUCACCUGUAAGUAUAUGUGUCAUGUGUCAAUAUGGAUUGGUCGUCCACUUGUUUACUAUAGACUUUGUUUUGGGGGCAAAUUCAUCUUGCAGAUGUUACCCCUUUGGUGACCUCAGUUUAACACUCCGGAGUUUCCACCAAAUCUUUUGUUUGAGCUAUAAUUACAAGCAGGAGAAUGUAGCGUCUAGGAAAGAUUAACCUUUUUUUUCCCAUAGUCCUCUGCAAUAGGGUAAUGCUGGGUUUGUAUGCAAUAUUUUCAGUUUGACAUGUUACAUUUUUUACGCUUUAAAAAAAUAUAUAUAUUUCAAUGGUGCUAGAUCAGAGAUCUGCCCUCAUUUUCAGUGUU